GGGUGACUGUUAAUGUAUCGCAGCCAAUGAGAGACUAGAAAAGGUUGUUGCUUUUUUUCCUCUCAUUCCUCACAGAUAGGAGGCGUCAUGUUAUGACUGUCUCUCGUCACAACUGUGAAGAUUUACUUUCCAAACACGACGAAAGAGGAACUACUAUAAUUAAUUACGAAGCCCAAAUGUUAUCACAGCAUACUUUAUAUGGAUUGCCAUUAUGGUACGUAACCAAACAAGAAGCAUUAAUCCAAUAACGAAGGACAAAAGCGGCCUACAGCAGCGAUACACGGAUGUGCCUGUUUCCACCAUAUGGGCCUUUGGGCUCCGUCAUUUAUCAGUUCACACACAGCCAAAUAAUAAAUAAAAAGUAGGCUAAAUGAGUGUUAAAACAGAGCGUCAACUCCGUUUCGAGGAAACAGCUUAUUAUGAGGAUAAGGAAAAAAAUAGAAAUAUAACUAAACAUCUUAACAAUAAAUACAAGACGAAAUAUGCAUGUAAGAACAAAGUUAUAUUUAUUACGAUAUAAAAACAUUUAGGUGAGUGCAGCAUCUCUUUGUAAAUAUACUUACCACAGUAUAAAUAUAGAUAUUACAAUACAUCUUUAUCACAAUUCUAAAUAAGAAAAUGUUAAAAAAGUAAAAUGUUAUUAAAAUAAUUGUCCACGUUGAGAAUUGCGCACCGUCGUUUCUGUUCAGUGUUUCCUCAGAUUUCAGAUUAAAAAAAGGAACAUUAAAAAGAAAAUUUACACAUUACUGCCAUCAAAAAUCCUGUUUAAUUUAAAUUUCAGACAUCCUCUAUAUUACAUUAAAAUAUUUAAAAAAAAAAAAAAAAAAAAAAAAUUUAAACAAGAGUAGCUAUCUUAAGAAUGAACUUUUCAAGAAUGCCCUAUAGACUAAUUAAAGCUCAAAUAGCUUAAAUGGCGAAGCUGAAUGUCGAAAUUUAUCGAGGAUCCAAUCCAGCUGUCCAGAGCACAAAUGAAGCUUUACGCGUCUGCAUAUCGAGUAACCUAACAACAACGACAACAAAUAAACUAAAAUAUAUAAACUGGUGUCGACUGAGAUCUCUUUAAGCCCUUAGAAACAGCUUGCGUUCGCAGGUUACGAAGAUAAAGAGGAUUUUCCUAAUUAAACACACGAGUGCCAUAAAAUGGCCUCAUGACCCACUUCAGCCCUGGGCGGCAGGAAACGAUGUGGUCACCACGUCUUCGGUCCUUUUUUCAGGCAUAUUCGGACACCAGUCCUGUUUUAGACUAUGGCAGAAAGACAAAAUCGUAUUGGUGUGCAUGCAAUAACAAGCGUGAAUCCUAAAAGCGAAAGACAGAUGGUGCGUUUCCUUGCGCAAUACCAUUCUGGUUGAUAAAUUGGACCUGGCGUCGCCCCAAACGCACAGAAAGAAGGGGAAAGAGAGAGAAAAACAAAACAAAGAGGCAAUGACCAAAUUCCAAUGAUGAGAUGCUUGGGUAAUAAAUCUGUCCGUUCUCCAUAUAAGAUAUAUGGAAUAACAUACAUAUACAAAAUUGCAUAGCCAUAAAUUGUGCAAAACACGACAAUUUGCAUACCACAUACCGGUAUGUGUUGCAACACUGUGAUAUAUUCACCAGAUGAUCUGAGAAAGCUAAGUAGUGCGCAAUCCUGCAUGCAUCACGUCAAAUGAUCCUCUGAAUGGCUGGCGAAUAAACUGUACCGAAUGUUCUGAAAGGGGGACGAGAGAGAGAGAGCACAGAGGACUGGAUAUUCCCUUUGUACUUGCUGAUUGAAAUGCCACACAGUGUUUGAGAGCCUUUCUCCGACCUUAAAUGGUUAGGUGGGUGCAGUCACUCACAUCCCGGACCCGUGGCAUGCGUCCAAGCUCUCAGAUUACUGCUGUGUGCUUUUGUGCCACAGGGUUUCCAGCGCCUUGCGCAGCAGCGUCGAGGGCGCGUGUUGCGCACGAGAUAUUACUGCGAGUUUGAGCAAUAUCCUCGCUUCUCAAACAGCAAGCCCCUCUGACCACAUCUAGUCAGUUUGUGUUUGUAAUGGUUGCCACGUAUAAAGGCAGAAUCAGCUGAAACAGCGACCGACAGCCUCGCCCAUAAAUGGCGCAGCAGCCUUUCUUUUCCACUUGUGAAGACGCCAUGUUGAAAAUGAGAACAGCAGAGAAGCCAUUAAACAACAGGCUAUUUCUGAGGUCGCUCUGGACAUGGGUCAGCAACGAGAGGCGUUGCAACCCAACCCCCUCUUUAAAGCCAGUGUUAAAGGAUCCGACGAUGGGAAUGAAAACGUUCCUGUUUCUUCAUCGUAUAGGCCUGAUAGAAUUAUUUCAACAAAAUGUUAAGGUUUGGCGAACGGAAUGGAGAACAGCCAUCCUAUCUGCAGUUCGGGAGAGAAACGAAGUCAUCAUUGGAGAAGUUACAAGUUGAUUAUUGACCCAGCGCUGAAAAAGGGAUCGCAUAAACUGUAUCGCUACGAUGGACUGCACUUCAACAUGCCGAACCCCGGAAUGCCACCCGUGGACAUUGUCCGAGACCCGAGAAUCGGUCGUCUGUGGACUAAGUACAAGGAGACUGAUCUCCCGGUUCCUAAAUUUAAGAUCGACGAGUGUUAUAUUGGUCGCGUGCCCCCGAAGGAGGUCACGUUCGCCAAACUCAACGACAACGUCAGAGAGGGAUUCCUCACUGACAUGUGCAAGAAGUUCGGCGAUAUUGAGGAGGUGGAGAUUUUGUACAAUCCGAAGAACAAAAAACAUCUCGGAAUUGCUAAAGUUGUAUUCGGAACCGUCAAAGCGGCGAAAGAUGCUGUCCAGAACCUGCACAACACGUCUGUCAUGGGCAACAUCAUCCACGUGGAGCUGGACCCUAAAGGUGAAAAUCGCCAAAGGUACUUACAGCGUCUGAUCAAUGGAAGUUAUACUCCACUCACUCUUCCAGUUGGUGGUGAAGAAGCCUGUGAAGUUUCUCCACGCAGCUUGGCGGAAGCCCUGCUGGCAUGCGAGCCCUCGCGAAGACUGCUCGAAGGCAGUUCUUCUGCAGUCACGGGCACAGCCACGCCGGGUGGCACCAACACACCCAUGUCCCUGGAUACGGCCUACUCCAGCCUAAGGCAGGAUACGCCACAGUCCCAGGGUACCCCGCACACCCCACGCCCAUCAGGCACCCCGUUCUCUCAGGAUUCCAGCUACUCCAGCAGGCAGGGCACGCCGGCGUUCCAGCCGAACCGUGCGGAAUCCUCGGGAGGCUACAAGGCGAGGAGACAUGAAACCAAAUUCCAGGACGCCUAUAAUCGCAGACCUGAAAGACAUUACGUCCACGGCACAGGAGGGGCGCACCGUGGCAAUGCAGAGCAACCGCCCGGUUUUAAGCAACAUCAGCCACCUGAGCCUCCGUCGCCUGUUUUUGCGCACACGCCACCGCCACCAGCCAGUGCAAAUUUCAAAACUGCUUUCUCUCCUUAUCAGCCGCCAAUGCCCCCAGUUUACCCUCACACAGAGCCCUCCUUCCACCAGCCUGUUCAGCGGGAAGUGGAUUAUAGGAGACCGCCUCAAGCCCCGCCUCCCCCAAGUACCGACUUCAUGCCCGUCAGAGACAGGCCUGCUACGCCGCCAAUCCCUGAGCCUCCCCCUGCGCCAGAGACCCAACCAGCUACGCCUCCUCCCUCCACGCCAGAGCCCUGUCCGUCGCUGGGCACCCCCGCCCAAGAGUCCGAACGCAACAGCCUGGACUCCCGCAUAGAAAUGCUCCUUAAGCCCUUCCUUAACGAGCGUGGAGACUCAGACGCUGAGGUGCGCAUGGACGGUAGCCCGAUCUCCUCAUCGUCCUCGCAGCUUUCCCCCAUCCCGCCCCAGCGGCUCUCGCGGCCUUCAAGCACCGGCCUGGAGGACAUCAGCCCUACCCCGCUUCCUGAUUCCGAUGAUGACGAACCUAUCCCUGGUACUGCUUCCCUGUUGACGAACUCAAGGGCCAUGUCACCCUGCAACAUGCACAGUAAAAGCAGUGUGGGAGAACCACGGACGCCCAUGGACAAAAUGGACACGGGCCAUCAGUCAUCAGGUGAAGACAUGGAGAUUUCUGAUGAUGAGAUGCCUGGCACACCGAUCACUAGUGGGGACUGUGCCAAAAGCAUUGUGGUCAACUCUGCGGUGUCUCCAAUGCAGACAAUUCCCAUGCCUCCGCCAGGGUUUCCCCCACUGCCCCCUCCACAAGCGGGCUUCCCUCUGCCGCCGCCGCCUCUUCCACCCCAUUCAUCCGUUCCGCACAUGGCUGGCCCUCCUGGAGUGGGUCCCCAUCCGAUGCUACACCCGUUGGCCCAUUACCCCCCUGGCAUGAUGCCCAUUAUGCAGGUGGACCUGAUGAGCUCUUUACCACAGUGGGGCAGCGUUCACAUGUCCUUUCAGAUGCAGACUCAGAUGCUAAGUCGCAUGGCGCAGAGCCAGCGACCGUACCCUUACCCUCACUUCAUCAGCGAAGCUGCUGCCGCCGCCAUGCAGUUUGGGGGCCCAUAUCCACCUCUGUCUAUGGUUGGUGCCCCUGCAGGCACUGUGGGGCACGGGCAACCCUGGCCCCUACCCAACAUGCCCAAGUUCAACCCUGCUGUUCCCCCUCCAGGCUAUGAGCCCCAAAAGGAAGACCCACACAAAGCCACCGUGGAUGGAGUGCUUAUGGUUAUUGUCAAAGAGCUAAAGGCCAUCAUGAAAAGAGAUCUCAACCGUAAGAUGGUGGAGGUGGUGGCCUUCAGGGCGUUUGAUGAGUGGUGGGACAAACAGGAGCGAUCGGCUAAGGCUACACUUACACCUGUGAAGACAGGUGAGGGCAAAGAAGAGGAAAAAGAACGGGCCAAACCCAAAGAGACUAUAUCCUCUAGCUUACUGGAAAACUGGAACAAGGUUGAGAGUUUGGGCUUCGAGGGAAUGGGUCUCAGCAUCGGACUGCGUGGUGCCAUUCGUUUACCAUCCUUCAAGGUCAAGAGGAAACAACCCCCUGAGCCGACAUCCACCAAUGACAACAAGAGGGUGCGACCAUCGACACCUGUCGAUGAUGAGCUGGAAGAUGAAGAGUCGGAAAGAACAGAUCUUCGCAUGGAUGGAUCCAGAACGGAUGGCAGUGGUUCUUCUGCCAAGCGUAGGCCAGCCAGGCCUCUGGAACUGGACAGCGAAGGCGAGGAAGAGGAGGAAACCUCCGGGAAAGAGGAGUCAUCGCUUUCAGACCAUGAAGAGGAGCCCGUGGAAGAUGCCUCUGAGAGGUUGUCCUCUGGCAAGGAUAUGGAAGAUGAGGAAGAUGACGAAAAGAAGAGCAAAUCAGACUCCAGCGAGAGUGAAUCAUCUGACUCAUCAGAUGACGAAGCUUCUAGCUCAUCGUCCUCUAAAUCUGAUUCCGAUUCUUCUGGGAGUGACAGCUCGUCUGACUACGAAUCGAGUUCGGAGGAAGAAGAGGAAGAAGAGGAAGAAGAAGAGCAGGCAGUGGGAAUAGAGGAUGAAGACGAAGAUGACGCACAAACCUCAUCGUCAUCUUCGUCUUCCUCAUCAUCGUCCUCUAAUGAAGAAGAGGAUGUUGAUGUAAAAUCCCCCAGUACCCCCACAGGACCACCACCAGAAGAUGAACCAAGCGAGUUGAGCAGACUGGAGGCAUUAGAAAAGGCAGAGAUUGAUAACAAACAUAGUAUGGUGAGCUCAAUCAAGCCUGGAAUUAAUGACCUGCGGCCCCCAUCACCCAAAGGAUUGCCAGUUGAUGAACCUGACAUCGAUUUGGAGGUCAAUAUUCCAGUGCCCAAAGCUGAAGCCAACCUGGAUGAUGUCGGUAGCUUGCGGCCACCCACCCCAACAGGUUCGUUUGCAGAUGGUGAUCAGGACACCCGACCAAAGAUCCCUGCUGAAGACAUCCCCAGAACCCCUGGUCGUGAUGGCCCAGUUCCCCUAGAGUCAGAGGCCGCAAUCCCUCGGUCUCUUCCUACACCUUCCAUGCACCUUCCACUUCCCCCCAAUCAUGCCCUUGAAGCACGAUCCCUUCUGCCACCCCGUGAAGCUUUGCCGGAUAUGCCUGUCCGUGGGCGGUUGCCUACGGAAGAGGACAUCCCACGCACACCGGGGAGAGACCUUAUGGACAGACCCCGGGGUUUGGGCAAGUCUCAGAGCACUGAUACGGUUCCUGUCACACCAGGUAGUGACACUCCACUAACAGGUAACAGCUUGAGCUCGCCGCAUAUACCCGGCAGCCCUUUCUCUUACCCUGCUCAAUCCCCUGUCCUCAGCGCUGGUAUCCCUCGGACUCCGGGUAGAGACCUUACUUUCACCCCAGCUUUCCCUGACUCUGCUGCUUUAUCUGCAGGCCUUCCCAUUCACAGGAAGGCCUCGUCUGAGAGCUUGGAGGAGAAGUCUGUCUUUAAAGAGCCUCAACUCAGUGCCUCUCCCCAGGCCAGCCUACCUAACAAUGCAGCUUCUUCCCCAUUCCCUGGUCCUCCCCUUCCUGCUGCUUCACUUCAGGAGCCAGCUCUGCCUCCCCAAGGCUCCUCUCCCACUUCUGUAGAGAUUUCCUCUCCUGCUGCUCCAAAAGAUCUACCUGUGCCAAUGAUAGAUGUUCCUGUGCCCUUAGAUGCUACUCCAACCAAGAGAAAACCGGGACGUCCCAAGGCUAAAAAGGAGGCUAUUGAGGCCCCUCAAGACUCUGAAGAGCCUCCAGCUCCAAUGGUGGCCUCUUUACCUCCAGACCUACCAGUAAAUGACAUGUACCCAGACCACCCUUCAGAGACCUUCAAAGGUGAAGAUGGUGAUUCCACAGCCAUGGAGGAAGAGGAAAACCAAUCCCAGACAGUCGUACCUGAGGUGGAAGACAGGGUGAAUUACGUUGAGGAACCUGUUCAGAAGACACGCCGACAGAGGCGGGGCUGGCAGGAGUUGUUGUUGUCCAUGCACUCCCCUGUGACAUCACCGCGCCGCCCCAGCUUCUUGCCCCGUUCAGAAUUUGAGGAGAUGACCAUCUUGUAUGACAUCUGGAAUGAUGGCAUUGACGAGGAGGACAUCCGAUACCUUAAGAUCACUUACGACAAGAUGCUUCAGCAGGACAAUGGCAACGACUGGCUCAAUGACACCCUCUGGGUCCACCAUCCUCCUACCAACAUGGGCAGUGCAUCAGGGGUGAAGAAGAAGCGGAAAGAGGAUGGUCUACGAGACCAUGUCACCGGCUGCGCCCGCAGCGAGGGCUAUUAUAAAAUCGAUAAGAAAGACAAACUGAAAUACCUGGACAGCUCACGACUGCAGUCCGAAGAGCCUGAUGUGGACACUCAGGGGAAGAGUAUUCCAGCACAGCCCCAAGUGUCCACUAGGGCAGGUUCAGAACGGCGGUCUGAACAGCGCCGCCUGCUGUCGUCCUUCAGCUGCGACAGUGACCUCCUCAAGUUCAACCAGCUCAAGUUCCGUAAAAAGAAGAUCCGGUUCUGUAAAAGUCACAUUCAUGACUGGGGAUUGUUCGCCAUGGAACCUAUUGCUGCUGAUGAGAUGGUUAUCGAAUAUGUCGGCCAGAAUAUCCGACAGGUUAUUGCAGAUAUGCGAGAGAAGCGCUAUGAGGAUGAGGGCAUCGGCAGUAGCUACAUGUUCCGUGUGGAUCACGAUACCAUUAUAGACGCAACCAAAUGUGGCAACUUUGCCCGCUUCAUCAAUCAUAGUUGCAAUCCGAACUGUUAUGCCAAGGUCAUCACUGUGGAAUCGCAGAAAAAGAUCGUCAUCUACUCCCGGCAGCCAAUAAAUGUUAACGAGGAGAUCACCUACGACUACAAGUUCCCCAUUGAGGAUGAGAAAAUCCCGUGCCUCUGUGGCGCAGAGAACUGCAGGGGAACCUUAAACUAACCCCAACGGAUAGGUGAGAACUUUGUUAAAAACAUGCACUGCCCCACAACAAGACCAGACACCUCGUCUUCUGAAGCUACAGAGGAAAUAGUGGGUGAAAUCCAACACAUCCACUGGAUAUAUUGUGCAGCUAAGUGUCUGGGACUUGUUUUUUGUACUUUUUCAUGAUUGUUUACGAAUUACAGGUGCUCUUUCAAGCAUAAAAAAAAGAGUUUUCUACCACUCUUCCAUUGACCUCUAUGGAAAUGGACAUAUUUUUUCCCAAAACUUUUGGGCACCAAGUUUGUUGUCUGCCCAUUUGGCACAGUUUGUCUUUGCUGUGGAGCUCCUGCUCCUCGUCAGUCCCUUUUUCCUCUGCGGUUUGGUUUGGAGAGACCUCCCCGUCCCUUGAACUCUGACCCCGAACACUUUAAGCUGCUCAUAUCUGUCCCACACGCACAAAAUUCUUCUGUCAUUUUUUUUUUUUUUUUUUUUUUUUUUUUUGUCCUUGUCCUCCAAGCCCAACAAGAUUCAUUCAGUAUGAAGUUUAGUGUGUUGUCAGACCUCACUGUAACAACCCAGAAGAUUUAGCAUUCAGCAUGACACUAACCAAUGUCGGGGGAAUCGUCUUCACUUUGCAGAACAUUCAACAAAAGCACACCUGUGCCGGCCACAAAACAAAUCAGUAGAAAAAGGGCCACAGCUCAGGCAAAUUUACACAAAGUGAAAUGCUCCUACAAUAUUUCAGCCAGCGCUGCAUAUGACACCUACGGACUGGACCUUUUUUAAAGGAUCAAAAGCAAAUCAAACAAUACACUACUCUUAAUUCUUUCAUUUAUUCAAGCCAUUUUUUACAACCAGAUCUGUAAUCUGCUCAUUUGAGUGUGUCUGCUGCCCCCUAUCUUCUGUAAGGUGUAACGGCAGAAAGCUGCUCGUCUCGAUUCAGACUCCACUCUCAAGCUGUACAGCUUAGUAUUAACUAUGUAUUUGUCAUGUCAGCUCACUAUUUCACCAGAUAAACAUGCAGAGAUCUGAAUUGGCUUCAGGCACUGGUGCUUGGAUUUUCUAUUAUGGAGCGAAUCUCGCCAAUAUGAUGCUGCUAUUCUGCAAAUGUGUAUCCCUUUUGUUUGUUCACUUUAAGAUGACAAAAUCCACCUGCACUGGUUUUAGGUCAGUUAGCAUGGGUUUUCAUAGUAUUAGUUCUCUGUGAGUGCGAUAACAGUCGCACAGCACUGAUGCUUUUCAAAGAGGUUGCCCAGACACCAAUUCAUCUAAUCUAAGUAGUGUCACUGGUGUUUAAGAUAGCAGACCCUGGAGUAUUAGGUCCGUCAACCUGGAAAUGUCUGCAGUGGAAACAGAAAAUCAAGUACGAAGUCGAAUACAGUGCCAAAUGUGUACUUCAGAGUGUCUCGGCUCCAAAGGCAAACCUUUUUCCGCUUGUCUGUGUGUGUAUGUGUGUGUGUUUGUACGAAUGACCUAAGCUCACUGGUACUUCGGAUGACCCUUCUGCUCAGUAUUUAACCGUCAUAAUGUUUAAACGGCUAUUACAGCUUCAUUCAGCCAAAUUUCCCUUUGAAAGCAGAAGACUCUCUGAUCUGCAAGGCAGCAUGGAGACUGUGCUUAUCUUUGUGAUUUGGUUAUGUUAAUAAAUGCACUAGAGGCUUCCAACCCCCCAUCAAGCCAAAUGGCACUCACAAGACCAAGCUAUGAAACGCGUCCUUCACGUUAGAUCACUCACAGGGUAAGGUCUCCCAGCUUUUUUGUUAUUUUUCUUUUUAAAUAUGUUUAUAUUGUACAGGAUAUGAUGGUUUGUAUAAAGGAAUGGGGCUUUUUUAUCUCGAUGGGGAGUGAUGAUGCAUCGUUCUGCUUUUAUGAGCGACAAAUGGAGUAUUUAAAAUGAAUAUUUUUCAGGGAUCAUUAUAAAAAAAAAGGGGUUGAAUAGCUAAUUUAAAGACAAUGAUGCAUCUUGUACAUAACACAGAUUUGUACUUCCUUUUGAAAGAUUGUUUCUUGUAGAAACGUCUUUUUUUCUGCCCAUUUUCCUUUGGAUUCUUAUGUGUAAAUACUUUAACUGUGAAUAUAUAAAUAUAAAUAUAUAUAUAUUUUUGUUCCUGAGGAUUUGCUACAGUGUCACGGCUCAGAAAGGUCUAUUUGACAGUGAGUGCAGAGAGCUGGUGGCAGUAUUUUCAGCUUGUGUCAAGCUUUAAUUUUUAUUUUUGGUUGUAAAUUCUAUGAAAAUCUGUUUGCAGUGUGGGGGAAAAGCAUUAUCGUUCAGAUACGGCAAGGGACAUUGGUGAAAUUGGCCUUUAUCCCCUGUCUAUUUAUUAUACCACAAAUGUAUGGAAAAAAGAUCAUGGAAAAAAUAAAGGAUUUUUUUUUCA